AUGAUCCCGACGGCGGUCCCUCGAACGGUCAACCAGGUCGGCCGGCCUCGUGAGGCACUGCUCAAGGCGGCCGCCCUGUUGGCUCUCUGUAUGGGCCGUUUCACCGACGUCUACACUCUUUUGGCGGGCGCCGUCUACUCGGCCGGUCAGCAUGGCAGUCUACAACAGCUCUGGUAUCGCACGCAUUACGCCGAGGCGGCGGCUGUUCGCGGCCGUGAACUGGGCGCCGUGGACAAGUACCGGCUAAGACGGAAGCACCCGUUGCCACGAACUAUCUGGGACGGGGAGGAGACCGUCUACUGCUUCAAGGAGCGGUCGCGACAAGCCUUAAAAGACUGCUAUGCCGUCAAUCGGUAUCCGACGCCAGAGGAGAAGCGAGGCCUAGCCAGCAGGACGGGACUGACAAUGACGCAGGUCGACCCUCAACCGAACAGAAUUUUAAUGGGCAACCCAGCUGAAAUGGGCAUUUAUAUCACAAAAAUUAUGUAG